CGGAAAUGGGGGGGCUGGCUUACUUUUUUUCGGGGUGGGCGGUGGUUGCCGUGGCAACGGCGGGCGACCAUUAAACCUGUUCAUUAAAAGCGGACAGGUGAAAGUGUUCGCCCGGUGAAGAGGGAAUAAUUCAAAAAGAAAUGCGCUGAAGUUUGAUUUUCGAGAAGAAUUAACACCUUCCCCAACCCCCUUGAUAAGAAAAAUGGAGCGUAAGACGACUGAGCCGGCACCCUCGACGCUGACUCGCCAGCAGAAAAGUUUGGGGCUCCUCACCAUGAAGUUUGUCGGUCUUCUCAAAGAGGCCGCCGAUGGCGUCCUCGACUUGAAAAUGGCCGCAGACAGCUUGGCGGUGAGGCAGAAAAGGCGCAUAUACGACAUCACCAACGUGCUGGAAGGCAUCGGCUUGAUUGAGAAGAAGAACAAAAAUAUCGUCCAGUGGAGGGGUGAGGAUGGGGGAAGUCGGACCCAGGAAGUUCUUGACCAAGUGAGACUUCUGCAAGCGCAGAUUUCUGAGCUGGAGGACCAAGAAAGAGAGCUGGACCGGCAGAAGACGUGGCUACAGGAGAGCAACGAAUGGCUGAACCGUGAUCCUGACACAAGCAAUUAUAAAUUUGUGACUCACGAGGACAUCUGCAAUGCCUUCAGCGGCGAGACCCUCCUCGCCGUCGUGGCUCCGUCUGGGACGCAUCUGGAGGUGCUGCUGCCGCUCAAGGGCCAGAUUGGUCAGAAGUACCAGGUGAAUCUGCGCAGCAAUGCGGCACCCAUCAAGGUCACGCUCCUCAACCGGGACUCGGACUGCGGCGCGCCCGUGGUCUUCCCCGUCCCCCCCACCGACUUGAGCUGCGCUCUGCUCACGGCACCACCGCCGGCCCUGUUGCACGGCCCGCGCUGGCAGCCCUUCCUCACCCCUGCCAACUCGUCCGGGUCCAGCACCGCUUCUUCGUCGUUCUGCAGCCAGCAUUCGUUCAGCCUGGUCCAGCAGAUGGCGCUCCCGGAACACGAUGGAGCGCUGAGGCCAGAGUCCAGACAAAUGGGACUUCCCGAUCAGCCGGCGGCCGUGUCGCAGCCGGAGCAAAUGGACUCGGCUGGCCCACACUUCCAGUCCGCGAUGGAGCCCAUGAAGGAGGACAAAGAUGCCUUCGAACAUGUGGACUUCGUGGAGGAGCUGAUGUUUAUUGACGGCCUGGACUACAACUUUACCCUGGACGACAGCAGCGGCUUGUGCGACCUGUUCGACGCGGAGAUCCUCAACUGUUAACGGGCCGAUCCGGACGUUAUUGACUAAGUUUGUGCGACUCGCUUCGCACGUUGAAAGUUUACAAGGUAAAAAAAAAAAGUUCCAACGUUCUGAACUGCAGCAGUAUUUAAAUUAUUGGUAGCGAUGCAGGAAAUGUCGCUAGUUCAUGUCGUUUGUGUUUGUCCGUUUACAAUGUUGUCGUCGAUGCGCCAGAAAUCCCCCAAAAUGUUGGGACGCUGCCCAUUUAGGCCUCGCUGUUUAUGUUUCGUGUUUUCUAUGUUUUUAUAUUUGAUUAAUCAUUUUAACUAUCAGUAAUUUAAAAUGAGCUCUUUGUUUGUUUGAUGGCAGAAUUUGCCUAAUUUGCCAUUUAAUUAGCAAUCGUUUUGAUCUCAAGGGGCAGCUGAGUUGCUGUUUGCGAGAGUUCUUUAUUUGCACAUUUUUUGAAAAUGUUUUCAAUAAAUGGUUGAAAAUUC